AUGGCGUCCACUCCUUCUGGCAAUGUUGGAUCCACCAUCGAGGACCUUAUCUCCUCAUACUCGAUCCUCACUUCCUUAGCACCGUGGCUCUCAACCCUUGACCUCUAUCAUCUCAGUCUGACAAGCAAGUCAGCUUACGAGUACAUCCGAUCGUCACCAACAAUCUUCAAGUCGCUCAGUCGUCAUUGCCUCUGCGAUGGUCGUGGCCUCGCUACACGUCAAGCCUAUGCAAGUCCCUAUCACAGGAACCGUAUGGCCGGUCAGUCGACGCUAAGUCCUCAUCUCAAAGGCGACGAGGAGAUCGAAGUACGCUUAUACAACACCAAAUGCGAUGAGGCGGGUGCAUUACCGUGUUUAAAAUGCGGCAUUAACGUCUGUGAGGAAUGCCGAUGUUAUCCUCGUGCAGCUCCGCCGAGUGCAUAUCCGAAUCGCAGACCGCAUUUGAGAGGGAGUUAUGAGCUUGAUAAUAUCAUGUGCUUGUGUGAGGAUUGUGACGCGAAGACUGAAAAAGAAGUAUCAGGGAUGUUUCUGAACGAAAGAUGCGACUGUGAUGUUUAUACGAGGUGGAUUUGUGUCAGAUGUGAAGAGGAGGAGCGCAUGACGGCGAGGAAAUACUUUGCUGAACGAACAGAGAUGGAAUGGAAUUGGAUUGUCAGGGAGGAUGUUGACUACGGCGAUGAUUUUGAACCCUCAAAGACGCUUCAUGACCAUGCUUUUGAGCGAGCGUUUUGGUGUACUUGCGGCAAGACGGUCUCCCACAGGACAGUACCACGCUGUAUCUGGUGCAGAAGAAGGCAUCUGCCAGAAGGUGAAUGGCAUCAAGAGCGUCAGGAUAUUGGCUCGAAGCAUCCAUUUUUCGACAAUGAUCCUGAUUAUCCCCGAUGGGUAAGCGAUGAAAAUAACAAGUAUCCGACUCCUUAUCCAAGGUUAGGCUACCAACGCGGGGUAGUAGCUGAUGAGGAGGUUGUGAAUGGAUAGUUUGGGGAGCUCGAAGUCUAUACCUUGCGGUUUUGGGAAUGAUCAGAUCAUAACGGGUAUCUAAUGUAUUGUGAGGAAUACUUCUCCUAGUUCAGGACAUAUCUGGCCUUUUAGACUGCCACAAAUACAUCAUCGGCCAAUUCAUACCGUAAGUCAAUGAUGAUGAAACACGGAGGAUUAUCAAGGUCGCUUGAAUAUAAUAUCAUUCAUACACAAUUAUUAAUACAAAGCCCAUACAACAAG